GGUUCUUGCGAGAUGAGGGUCGGAUUCCAGAUCGCCAGGGCGGUCGCAAGAGCGCUCCAUGGAUCCGGCAAUGCGGUAUCUUCCAGCCGCAUUUUCAGGCCUUCGAGCAGCAGCAUCAUCGUCAGGGGCCUGGCCGACGAUUUCAGCAGCCUCUUCGAUCAGAAUGCGAUGAAGACCAAGGCUCCAGGCAAGGCGAGGGAAGAUGGAGAGGCCACAAAGGCGGGCAAGGAGAAGGAGGACAAGGAGGAGGUGAGUGAAUUGGAUCUACUGGAUUUGCAAUUCGCGAAAAUCGAGACUACAACAAGAACAACAACGGUGAGUGAUAGCAAGCCGGAGUCCCUGGAGCCAAUCGUCCAGGAGAUCCCGCUCCUACCGCCCUUUGGAUCUGAGGAGGAGCUCAUCGAGUACGCGACUGCGGUCGUGAAAGAAACGCCGUGGCGGCAGCUCUACACCAAGCUCGCAGUUCUGGGUGAUCAAGUCAAGGCUCACCACGUCCCAGAGAUCAUCAAACGAGCCAAGGAUUCGCCGGUGGUGUUUAGUUUCUUCAUGUGGGUGAGAGCCAGGCGACACAUCCGUCUGGAUUCCUCCAUGUUUACGCUGCUCUUCGAGGUUCUAAGCUCGACCGACAAGCCGGAGGAGAUGGAGUGGCUCCUCGACCAGAUGCCAAAGUGGGGGAUUCCCGUGGAGGACUCCAUGGUUGUGACGGUGAUGCUGGCUUACGGGAGGCUGGACAGGGCCGGUGACGCUCUCAAGCUCUUCUUGAAGAUGGAGGAGCUCGGGGUGAAGUAUCCCAAGACCUCGACUUUCAACUGUAUCUUGCGAUUACUCCUCAACGCGGGCCGGAACUUACAGUUCGAUAUGGUACACAAGAGGAUGACGAUGAUGAGGAAGAUGAACGCUCUCACGUACGAGAUUCUCAUCGCUAAGGUUUGCCGGUUUGGCGCCGCCGAGAGCGCGUAUGAAGUUUUCCAGGAGAUGAAAGAUGUGGAGCACCAGCCGAGCGUGGCUGCUUACGCGAGCUUGGUGGAGAGCUUGAGCAAGGCGGGUAGAGAGGACAUAGCUAUCCAGGUGCUGGAAGAGAUGGAAACUCCUUCAGCCGAGGUUUACAACCCGCUGGUGAGGAACUUGGUCCUGGCAGGGAAGCUAGGCGUGGCACUGACACAGUACAAGAAGAUGCUGGAGGCUAAACUCAAGCCGGUUUCCUCGACUUGCAUUCCCAUACUCACGGAGCUCGUGAUCACCGAGAGAAGCGAGCAGGCUUGCUCGCUCUUCCGGGAGAUGAUCAAGUCCGGCUAUGCUUCUCCCGCGGACUGUCUGCCGGUGGUGGAGAGCAGCUACAAGAAGUGCAAGAUCGAGAUGGUGUGGAGCUUCAUCAAGGAGCUUCCCAAGCUUCCGGACUGCGAUUUCGACGAGAAGAUCAUAUACUCUCUCGUCAAGGGACUUAUGGACAGGGAGAGGCUUGAUCUGGCGAGGAAGCUGUUUCAGUCGGUGCUGAGCACGGGGAAGAAGUUGCCGGCGGAUACUUACAACCUUUUCAUCCUCAAGCUGCGCACCACCGACGGCAGCAAGCAGAUCUUCGACCUCAUGAAGCAGAACGGAUGUGUUCCGGAUACUCGCAGCUACAACGGCAUGAUCGAGGCGCUGGUGCGAGCGGGAUCGAUCGGCGAGGCGUAUCAGCUCUUUGUGGAGAUGAUGGACAAAGGCUACCAGGCUGAUGCGAUCACUUACAAGCUGCUCAUGCAGAUCCUCAGCAGGGACGAGAAGAUGAACGCGAGCACCGUCACGGAAGCCAUGACGAAGCUCAAGGAGAAGGGGAAGUUUGAGGCAGCAGGGACGUACCUCGACAAGCUUUCGCAGCAAAAGCUUUUACCGUUUGGGAAAGGCAAGGGGAUCGAAGGGAAGGUUCUGGUGAAAGUCUUGCAAAAGGAUGGACGGAGGCUGGAAGAUAUCUACAUGUGAGACGCAAAAACUUGGGACAAGAUUGGCUUUGAGAGAACUUUGCACUGCUGUGAGUGAUCCGAAGCAUUGAUCUGUGGAGAGCGAAGUUUGUGCGUGGAAUAUCUCCCACACGACGACAAUAAUGCAGGUAUGGGAUAAUAUUCUCUCGAAAGUGCGGCUGCCUCCACUGUCGCUGGCGGCUGAGCAAAGCAGCCACGCUAUCUAUAAAGUCGUGGAGCCAGGUGAAAACUCACCACUCUCAUUUUCCGAGCUCUCCUCGUCCCUCGCUAGUGCUGUUUGAUUCCUUCCAGCUUGACAUCUUUAGUUCUCUCUCUUGCAGACCCUUUCGAUCGUCUCAAGCCUCGAGACAAGUCCACUUUUGAGCUCCAGUGCUCGUCUGGCGAAGGUGUGAAAAAUCAAGUUUUGGCCAAUCUGGUUCAUCCGAGAUGGGAUUUCUGGCACGGCUGUGGGACGAUGUUGUUGCUCAUGAUCCUGGGAUGAAUCUGCGGGAUCCAAAGCUGGAAGCAUCAUUGCAAGGAGCUCCUUUCGCCCAACGAGACAAGGACAAGACAGGGAAUAUCAGUGAUCGAGAAGGAAGAACCAGAGAUGAUCCAAGCGUUACAAGACAACUAUCUCCCAGUGUCUCGGAUUGGCUCGUCCUCAGCAUUCUAGACAGAUGAAAGAAAAAAACUUCAUUGUCUUGUCAAAGUUUGCUCUUCGCAAAGAAGGAUCCAAAUCUAUUCCUUCGUCUUGUGAAAGUUUGCUCUUCGCAAAAAUCUAUGUGAUCUAAGCUUGAAACGAAAAA